CUAGUCUCAGCUAUUAUAUCUCUCUACAAUCCGAUUUGGUAUCUCCCUUAUACCCGUGAACAACUAUCCAAUACUUCUCAUAUCAUUCUUCAGAAUGAACCCCGACAUUGUUGAAUAUCCUCUGGCAAACCCAAUCUUCAUUCUUUCAGUGUCCGAAGAUGCCUUCGCACCAGUAACUGGAUUGCAAGAUGGCAUUUCCCUUUAUAUUGAAAAGUUUUCUCUGAAAAGGCAGCUCGUCGCCGAAAAUGAUUUUGACGAUAAUAACAGCUCCACGGCUACUUUCAAAUUGUACACUCAUGAGAUUGAUGUUCCUGAAGAAUCGAGUGACCCGGUGUCACUGGGAUUGGUGGGAAAAGAUGGAACAAAGGAUCAUCUGAAUGGCGCAUCUGGUGGCAACAUCGAACUCUAUGUGGAGAGAUUUUCACCGGAUAGUGUGAAGAAAAUACAGAUCAAUGUUUCUGGUGGUCACGGCUGGGAUGGUAUCCCGACUACAGAGGACGAAUCUCCCGCCGACGGUGGCGAUGGAGGUGAUGGCGGACAUGCCACUGUGCUUCUAGGGAGGCUUUUGAGCCAAGCGAUAAUCCUCUCGGACUCGCUGUUAACAAAGCUUAACAGUGAUGAUAGCCAAUGGCCAAUCGACUUUCGAGACACUGUUCGCACCUGGAUCAGCACGAUGGAUCAGGAAGAAGUCAAGGAUAUCUAUGCCCUGCCGUCUUCCAUGAAAGAUGCGAAACUGAUCCUGAGCGGAUCAAAAGACACCUUUACAUCGGGUGUUGCCAAGGCAUAUCAGAAGCUUUUGAUGAACGAAGACUCACUGCUUUCCGAGGUGACUAAGAGUAUAAAUGCCAACGGGGGAACAUAUGGUGUUGGAGGGACCAGCGCCCAGGGUCAGGGGCAAUCUGGCAAGAGUGGAUCAAAUGGUUCACAUCAAUCCUUCUUCAUAGACUCCACCUCAACAGUCUUAAAUUCCACUGUAUGCUACCUACACCCAGUUGAGUGCCAAAUGCUUCUUGAUAAGGCCAGAGCUCUUUUGUUCCUUGACAACGACGACCAGAAGGCCAGCGCCUUACGAUACCUUCAGCAACUCCAACGACGAUUCUGCCAAGUGGACAAAACCAUCAAAGCCCUUGUUACUCCCAAAGAUACAUAUGGAGAUCAGAACCUCAAGGUUCCGAGGGGAUCCUUUGCCUUCUACAAAGAAUACGCCGACCGGUUUCUGAAUGACCUGCAAGAGAUUGAGAACGCAUAUUUGGGGUACCUGAACAAUGAUACUGAUGCCCAGGAACAGGCCCAGGCAGUUGCAAAAAGAGGCUCCCUAUGUGACACCUCCAAGGAUCAGAUCCAAAAUUCGAUUGUCGCAGUAAAAUAUGAUCUGAUAGCAAUAGACUCCAAGAUUGCCGUGGCCCAGGAGGAUAUGAGAAUAACCAAAGUACGCCUGACAGAAGCCAUUGAGGAAGUGGAAGACGCGAUAGCCAGUGCUUUCAAGUUCAAAUUUGGAGACCUCCUUAACGGACUCAGUCAAGUUGUUUCGCUGAAAGGCGAUAUCACGUCCACGCUGAAUGUUGUCAAAGCGGGCGCCAAAUGGGCGUACGACAACGCCACUAAGAUUUCCAAAGACACUGGGGUCGGCAUCAACAAGUCUUACCUUGUGAGCGCUGUCACUCAGAUCGAAGGCUCCAUCGAGGAUCUGCAUGAGGGGUACACGGUUCUGGUCGAUGGAGACGCCCAAUUCGAUGAUCCAGGCUGCGAAAAGUUGCUUUUAUUGGAAACAGAAUUGAACAAGCUACUAGCCGACUUUAAUGCUGCGCUUGGAGUUGAGGUUCUCCACAAAGUCAAAGAGUGUUUCGGUCAAUAUAUUGAGAAAGUACAAGCCCGAAACUCCGCGGUAAUGGAAUACAGUGCAGAUGUACAGCUUCUUGUCAAUUACCUAGAAACGAUCGAGGGCCUGAAUACCCAGAAGAAGGACAUCGUCCGUGACGAGUACAAUGUGCUCGGACUAGGAUAUCCUACCUUGACCGCGUUUAUGCGCACACUAUACACCAAUUCACUCACCACUGUCCAGCUCUGGCUUAAGAAGAUGCAGCAAGCUUAUGCAUUUGUCGCUUUGGAUGAGACGAACAUCAUCGGACAUGCACUGGAGGGUUUCAGAUUCUCACAGUUUACUUAUGAUAUGCUUAACCAUGUCCGCUCGGAUCUCGAUAGCUACUACGCGCAACGAGUCGAAUCCUGGGGCCAGUCCAUGCAGUCACUCAAGGGUGUCACCUACCCCAUCCCCAAUGUCCAGCAGGAUCUGCAAAACCUUACAGCCGACAACAACACCAUACAAUUUGCUAUAAAUCCUGAGACCAUCAACCCGGACACCCAAGGGCUCAUCUUCGGAGAAGGAAGAGUCGAUAUUCGACUGAUGACCAUCCGCUGUUUUAUUGAUGGCGCAAAAACAGACACUGGGUAUCUCGAUCUUAACCUCGUACAUACCGGCCAAGAGGCCAUCGUCGAUGAAGUGGGUACAGUCCAUAACUUUGACCACCAGCCAGUGGUGACAAACUUUCGCUACGUGAUUGAGACAAAAGACUACACAGGCCCAGGAACAGUGGAUGGCAUCAUCGGCACAGCUUCCACUGACGACCAGUACGCCAUGGUUGGACCGUUCACUACAUGGCAGAUCGUGAUCAAUUCAGCCAACAACCCAGGUCUGGAUUUAUCGGAAGCCAAAGACCCGUACCUGGAGUUCGACAUUGAAUUUAGAACCCGACCAUAGAGAAUCUGCCAAGCUUUGUUGGCUCCCUGCGCUAAUGUUGUCUGACUUUUGCUUUUGUACUGAAAGGAAGGUGAUAUUCUCCGAAGUGACCGUUGCAUAGUGUAACGCGGCCCAUCAGCUGGUGUCGUGUUAUCCUUCUUCUGUCCUACUUGUCAUUGUACCUGGGGUUGCAUGUCUUAAUUCGUGGCGGAUCUCCGCAGCCCUGGCACUUGCGUUGCUUUUACUCCGGGUGAUCGGAUGUC